AUGUCUAAUAUAAUUGAUCAAAUUAAUACUGCAUUGGCAACAAUGUAUUCCAAUGUAUCACAAGAUGAAAAAAUGAAAGCAACUCAUUUUCUUGAAGAUUUUCAAAAAUCACAACUGGCAUGGGAAAUCAUAUUUCAAAUCUUAAAUGAUUCAACUUCAAAUUCAAAUUUACAAUUAAAAAUCUUUGCAUCACAGACAUUACGAUCAAAAAUCAUUUAUGAUUUAUCAUCACAAUUAUCAGAGACAAAUUAUCCCGAAUUUAAAGAUAAUUUAUUAUCUUUAAUUACGAAAUAUAAUUCACCUAAUGAAAAAUUAAUAAGAACUCAAUUAUCUAUUGCCUUAUCACAUUUCAGUUUACAAUACUUAAAUUGGAAGAAUGCAAUCAAUGAAAUUAUAGAUUCAUUAUCUUCUGAGUCUUAUUUACCUAUUUUAUUAGAAUUUUUGAAAAUUUUACCUGAGGAGUUGUCAGAUGUUAAGAAAACAAAUCUAACUGAUGAGGAGUAUAACACAAGGACACAGGAGUUGAUUACGAAUAAUAUCGAAUCUGUUUUAAUCAUAUUGAAGAAUUUAACUGAAGGUAAUAAAUCUCAUGAUUUAGUAUUAAAUUCUACUAUUUUAGAUUGUUUAAAUUCUUGGAUUAAAGAAUGUCCAAUAGAAUCAAUACUACAUAUUAAUUCACUCACCAAUUUAAUUUUUGAAAGUUUAACCAAUGAUAAAACAUUUGAUAGAUCAAUUGAAUGUUUAGUUACAAUUAUUUCCGAAACUAGAGAUAUUGAAAAUUAUGAAAUUAUAGAUGCAUUAUAUCAACAAAUUAUAAAAUUGAAUGAAUUUGUAAUUUCAAAUCCUGAUAAAUUGGAAGAUGGUGAAUUUGUAGAUGGAUUAACUAGAUUAUAUGUUACUUGUGGUGAAUCAUGGCAUGUAUUGAUAGGAAAAAAUCCAAAACAUUUUAAAUCAUUAGUUUCAAUAUUAUUAAAUUGUUGUAAAUACGAUGAAGAUUUAGAUAUUGUUCGGUAUACUUUCCAAUUUUGGAAUUUAUUGAAACAAUUAAUUACAUUACCAAAAUAUCACGAAGCAAGAAAUGAAUUUAAUGAUAUCUAUUCCCAAUUAAUACAAAUUAUAAUUAAACAUUUAACCUAUCCAAUUGUUGAAGUUUCUGAUUUAUUUCAAGGUGAUAAAGAACAAGAAGAUAAAUUUAAAGAAUUUAGAUAUGAAAUGGGUGAUGUUUUAAAAGAUUGUUGUUCUGUGAUUGGUGCUCAACAAGCUUUACAAAUUCCAUUUAAUCAAAUUCAAUCAAUUAUAUCUAAAUCAAAUGGACAUUGGCAAGAUCUAGAAAGUGCGUUGUUUUCAAUGAGAACGAUGGCAAAAGUAGUUAGCACAAAAGAAUCAAAAAUUUUACCUACGAUUAUGUCGUUUCUUGUUCAAUUACCAGAACAUCCAAAAGUAAGAUAUGCAGCAACAUUAGUAUUAGGAAGAUAUACUGAAUGGACAGCAAACAAUCCGCAAUUUUUAGAACCUCAAUUGAAUUAUAUUACAAAAGGGUUUGAAAUUGCAAAUGAUGAUAAAGAUAUAAUUUUGGCUACUUCUCAUGCAUUAAUGUAUUUUUGUCAAGAUUGUUCUAAAUUUUUAGUUAAUUAUUUAGAACAGUUAUAUAUGUUAUAUUCACAAGUUAAAUCAAAUAUAGAUUAUGCUUCAAAUUAUGAAUUAAUUGACGGAUUAGCACAUGUUGUAAAACAAGUACCGGAAGGAAAUCAAUAUGAAAUGUGCCAAAUGUUUUUAGAACCAAGUAUAGAUAAACUACAAGAAUUAAGCAUAAGUUCCCAAAAUGAAACAGUUAAUGUUUCAAUUGCUGAUGAAGUUGAAGUAAUAAGGUAUUUCAUUGAAGUGUUCAAAAUUAAUGAAUUUGAAAAAUCGGAGUAUCCAAUAGCUACAUUUUUCAUUAAAAAAAUAUGGCCAAUUUUAACUUCAUUAAUAACUAAAUUUGGUAUCAACUCCCUUAAAGUUUCCGAAAGAUGUCUUAAUCUUAUAAAGACAGCCAUAAUGUCAUUUAGUUCAUAUUUAAACGAUAUUCUCCCAACUAUUUUGAAUUUAUUACAUCAAGGAUAUAAAUUAAGUCCACAAUUUGGUUGUUAUUUAUGGGUUACUGGAGUAGUAAUUAGAAUAUAUGGAGAUGAAGAAUUUAACAACCCAGAAAUUUUAAAAGCAGUUUAUGAAUUUAGUUUAAUUCAAUGUGAUUUGUUUUUCAAUUAUAUUUUUAACCUAUCACAACAAGAAUUACAACAAUUACCAGAUUUGAUUGAGGAUUUCUUUCGAAUGAUUAAUGAUUAUUUAAUGUUUUUUCCAUUCCAAAUAAUACCAGACCACAACCUCCUUAACAAGAUUGUAAAAGCUUCAAAUUUGACAUUAAGUUCCUUAAAUGAAUUCAAUCCAAUUAUUUCGUGUAUUCAUUUUUUAAUUGAUCUCGUCUCUUGGGGAUUACCAAAUCCUCCAAUUUCAUUAUUUGAACAAAAAGAUACCACAGCUUUAAAGAGUUCAAUUCAACAAUUUUUAAUAUUGAAUAAUCAAGGCGGUGAAAUAUUAAGAAUUUUAAUAAAUGGAAUCAUUUUUAAAUUUCAUGAUGAUUUAUUACAAGAGGCAAAUGAUUUAUGUCUUAAGAUUUUGGUAGUUGUUCCUAAUCAUGAAGUUGUAAUCAAUUGGUUAAAGAAUAUUGUAUUACAAUUACCUAAUGUUAAUGAGGUUGAAAUUAAUAGAUUGAUUGAGACUGUUAAUGUUGCUUUAAUGAAUAAAGAUAAUCGAAGAGUAAGAGUUAGUUUAAGAGAUUUUAUAAGUUGGUAUAAAAGAAAGAAUGUAAAUAGAUCUGAAUUCUAA